AUGUCUGGAAAAGGAAGAAAACUGACUAGCCUUUCAAUUAAACAAAAAUUACAGAUCCUACGCCUGGUUGAAGCCAAAUUGAAAUCGAGAAAGGAAAUUGCUGAACAAUUUAAGUGCGAUGUGUCCACAAUUAAUAGAGUGGCGAGAAAUAAGACAAAAUUGGAAGAAGCUGCACAAACUAACCAAAAUUCUAAAAGGAAACGUUUGCGAAUUAGUUCUAAUGAAAAAGUAGAAACUGCUCUCACUCAAUGGUUUAAUCAAAUGCGAUCUCAAAAUGCAAUUAUUAGUGGUAUUCAGCUAAUGAGCAAAGCCAAAGAGUUUGCUUUAAAAUUAAAUGAAGACUUUAAGCCAACAAGCGGUUUGCUAUGGCUUUGGAAACGCAGGGAAAAUAUUAAGUAUAAGAAAAUCCAAGAACAAUGCAAUAUCUUUAAUGCCGACGAAAGCGGCCUUUGUUUCAGAGCCUUACCAAAUGGUACAUUGACAAAAAAAGGUAGCACCCCAACAGGUGGAAAAAUUGAUAAAGGUCGACUAACCCUGCUGUUUCUCUGCAAUGCCGAUGGAACAUUCAAAAAAGUAAUUGCCAUCGGAAAACCUAAAAAUCCAAGGUGCUUCAAAGGAAAAACUAUUCCACUUCCUUAUUAUUCCCAAAAUAAAGCAUGGAUGACAUCUUCUUUGUGGAGUAAAUUGAUAAAAGAAUUUGAUAAUGAAAUGAUUCGACAGAAGAGAAAGGUUUUAUUGUUCGUGGACAACGCAGCAUGUCACAAGGUCGACAACUUAGAAAUUGAAAAUGUUAAAAUUGAAUUCUUGCCAGCAAAUACCACUUCGAUCUUACAGCCUCUCGACCAAGGUAUAAUUCAUUGUUUCAAAGCCUAUUACCGUCAAAUUAUAGUGCGGAAGCAAUUACUGGCAAUCGAGAAUGGUCUUACAAUUAAACAGUUUUCCAAGUCAAUCACAAUUCUCAGAGCACAAAUGUACAUCAAACGAGCUUGGUGGCUUGUGAAACCCGAUACGAUUUCAAACUGUUAUCAAAAGGCUGGCUUCCUUCCUGGUGAAAACAGUGAACCUGAAGUCGAAGAAAUAUGGGACGUACCAAUAGAACCAACAAUAUUUGAAGAGUAUGUCCAAUAAGAUAAUAACCUCCAAUAUUAUGGACUUUUAUCGGAAGAAGAAAUAAUAGCUGACAUUAAUAAUGAAAAUCAAGAAGAAGAGGAAGAUAUUGAUAAUUAUGAAGAAGAGUUGGAACCUCCAAGUUUUACAGAAGCUUUAAAAGCGUUGACGGUUAUACGAAAAUUUAUU